AUGGAGGUCGACCUGCUGGUUCAUACCACUCUCUGGGAAGACCACUUUGCAGGUGGCACGUUCUUCGCAGCAUCCCCUGGCGCUGACACGAAGCCCCUUAAAUCGGAAUGGAUGAGGCUGAAGAGGAAUAUCCGCCAGCAGUACCAGAGACCGAGCUAUGAAUGCCUGGAUGGAUAUAUCUCACUAACUAUUCAAUCUGCUCUGCUUCGGGGCAGUGGCUCGCAGGUUCUUCACUCCGCAGCACGGCUGCGGGGCCACGCGUCUCUUCCUGCGCCGCGGACCCCGCGCUCCGGCUGCUGGGCUGGGUCCUUCGCUCUCCCCGGCAGCCACGCGGGCUCAGGGUCUCGGCCAAGGCCAAGCGGCCGGGACACGGGGGCGGCGGGAGGCCCGGUCUCCCUGCUCUCGCGCGGACGCUGCGCACGGCCCCCCGUGCGUCCUCACCGUCCACCGCUCCUGCGGCCCCCGCUGCCGGCCCGGGGCCUCCGCGCCCUCGCUGGCGGAGGGGUCCCGGCCCCACAGCUCCAGCUCCCUCUGGGCCUGCGCCGCCUGGCUUCCCGCUGCGCACUGCGUCCUGGAGACGAGCGGGAGCGGGGCGCGGGGCUGCGCGCAGUCAUCUUCCGGGUGGGAAGACGUGAACGCGAGUCCUGCGGCGCCCUCACGGUCGGGGAGGGGCUGGGACACGAUGGGGAGGUGAACUUUUGGGGCGCGACUCCGGGCCCACGCAGACUGCAGCAGACACGCGCGGCUCUCCCGGCGCACACGACGCCCCUUGCAUCGGG